UUACGUCAUGUAAUAUUACAAUAAAAAUUUAUAUUUAUACACGAAAGAGCGAUAUCUUUUAGAGAUCUCAUUGUAAAUAAAAAAUUCGAGUUAAUUGUUACGUGUAUGCUAGCGCUUCGGAAUGUUAACACGACUUGCUAAACAAAGCCAUGGUAUAUAGGAGAGCUUAACAAAAAUAACAUAGUGCUAUCUAUUAAUAUCCGACGGUCUACGUCUUCAGCAUGGUGCUUACCGAGCGUGCAUGUACAUAGAAGCUUGUCAAAAGAGAGUAUACAGUUUAUUAUUUAGUAAUGACGACAGAGGACGCAUUCCCACCGAUCAUUAGGCUCCAGGCUGAUGACACGACAGCAUUUCUUCGCGCUGCUCGGUCGGGCAACCUUGAGAAAGUGGUCGAAUUUCUCGACACCGACUUGGACAUUAACACAGCCAACUCGAACGGUUUAAAUGCCUUGCAUUUAGCUUCGAAGGAUGGCCACGUCGAGAUAGUGACUGAGCUGUUGAAAAGGGGCGCGAAGGUAGACGCGGCUACGAAGAAAGGAAAUACCGCAUUGCACAUCGCCUCGCUAGCUGGCCAGUCUGAAAUAGUCAAUAUACUUAUUCAAUAUGGUGCCGCCGUCAACAUCCAGUCGCAGAAUGGAUUCACUCCUUUGUACAUGGCCGCGCAGGAGAAUCACGAUCAGGUUGUCAAGCUCCUGCUUAGCAACGGAGCCAAUCAGAGCCUCGCGACGGAGGAUGGAUUUACACCACUCGCCGUGGCGAUGCAGCAGGGCCACGACAAGGUGGUCAGCGUACUUCUGGAGAACGACUCCAAGGGUAAGGUCAGAUUGCCGGCUCUUCACAUCGCCGCCAAGAAGGACGACUGCAAAGCCGCUGACUUGCUCUUGCAGAACGAUCACAAGCCCGACGUAACGUCGAAGAGCGGCUUCACCCCUCUUCAUAUCGCCGCUCAUUAUGGAAACGAGGAGAUAGCGCGAUUAUUAAUAAAACGAGGUGCCGAUGUCAAUUACUUGGCUAAGCACAAUAUAAGUCCGUUACAUGUGGCGGCAAAAUGGGGCAAGAACAAUAUGGUCAAGGUGUUGCUGGAAAACUCGGCGCAGAUCGACGCCAAGACCAGAGACGGUUUGACUCCGCUUCACUGCGCGGCGCGAUCGGGUCACGAGCAAGUUGUCAGCACUCUGCUAGAAAAUUCGGCGCCGAUCAGCGCACGUACAAAGAACGGUCUCGCGCCGUUGCACAUGGCGUCGCAAGGAGAUCACGUGGACGCCGCGAGAGUGUUGCUGUAUCAUCGCGCGCCGGUGGACGAAGUGACCAUCGACUAUCUGACCUCGCUCCACGUUGCCGCGCACUGCGGACACGUCCGAGUCGCCAAGUUGCUGCUCGAUCGAAAAGCCGAUCCGAACGCCCGAGCGCUGAACGGCUUCACACCGCUCCAUAUCGCGUGCAAGAAGAAUCGCAUCAAAGUGGUCGAGCUCUUACUGAAACACGGGGCGUACAUCGAGUCAACCACCGAGUCCGGACUGACUCCGUUACAUGUGGCCAGUUUUAUGGGGUGCAUGAAUAUCGUGAUAUUCCUACUGCAGCACGAAGCCAAUCCUGACGUACCGACUGUCAGGGGCGAAACACCCCUACAUCUGGCGGCUAGAGCCAAUCAGACAGACAUUAUUCGAAUUUUGCUAAGAAAUGGUGCCAAAGUCGAUGCUCGUGCAAGGGAACAGCAAACACCGCUUCAUAUUGCCUCUCGAUUAGGGAACAUCGACAUCGUCAUGUUGCUGCUGCAGCACGGCGCGGCCGUCGACACCCCGACCAAGGACAUGUACACGGCGCUCCACAUCGCGGCGAAGGAGGGUCAAGAGGAGGUGGCGGCUAUUCUCGUGGAAAACAAUGCUUCUCUCAAGGCUGCGACGAAAAACGGCUUUACACCUUUACAUAUCGCUGCUAAGUACGGAAAUAUGAAUGUCGCUAACAUACUCUUGCAAAAGGAGAGCAAACUCGACGUCCAAGGAAAGAACGACAUCACACCGUUGCAUCUGGCGUGUCACUACGAUCAUCCUAACGUGGCGAAUCUCCUGUUGGAAAAAGGAGCGUCGCCUCAUCUCGCCUCGCAAAAUGGACAUACUCCGUUACAUAUCGCUGCUCGCAAAAAUCAGAUGGACAUUGCCUCCACUCUCUUGGAGAACGGCGCGAACGCUAACGCGGAAUCCAAAGCGGGUUUCACCCCGUUGCAUUUGAGCGCGCAGAAGGGCCAUUACGACAUGACGAACUUGCUGAUCGAGCACGGCGCCAAUCCUAAUCACAAAGCCAAGAACGGACUCACGGCACUGCAUUUGUGCGCGCAAGAAGAUUUCAUUAGGGUGGCCUCGAUUCUGGUGAAGAACGGGGCUGACGUCGAGAGCCAAACGGAAACCGGUUACAGACCGAUUCAUGUGGCCGCUCAUUUCGGAAAUCUGUCGAUGAUACGUUUCUUGCUGAAGCACAACGCCGAGAUCGACGUGCGAACUAAUCAGAAUUACACGCCGCUUCAUCAGGCCGCGCAACAGGGUCACGCUCAUAUCGUAACCGCUUUGCUAGAAGGAAACGCCUCGCACAAAGCGCGCACUAACGAUGGUUUGACGGCGCUGAACAUAGCGCAAAAGUUGGGAUACAUCUCCGUGAUGGAGGUGCUCAAAGGUUUGCCUUACGACAGUGUGACUCCGGAUAAUAAGAACUGGGAGGAAAAGUACAAAGUGAUAGCUCCCGAAAGCUUGCAGGAAACUAGUUUCAUGUCUGAUUCGGACGACGAGGGAGUUUCCGACACGCUGAUCAGCGAACAACCGUAUCGAUAUCUUACGGCGGAUCUGAUGAAGAGUCUAAGGGAUGAUUCGUUGCCUAUCGACGUUACUAGGGACGAUCCGGUACACAGACAAGUCACGAGUGAGGAGAAGCAAGACUUCACGCAAAGCAAUAAUUACUGUUUGGCGGAGAAUUUCGAUAGCGCCGACGGACUGAAUCUAGGGAAACUGCACUUCAAAUCAUUUCUAAUAAGCUUUCUGGUGGACGCGCGUGGCGGUGCCAUGAAAGGGUGCAGACACAGCGGCGUGCGCAUCAUCGUGCCGCCCCGAAGAGCGACAAUGCCGAUUCGCGUAACGUGCAGAUUAGUGAAACCGAACAAGGUGACGAAUCCGCCGCCCCUGAUGGAGGGCGAGGCUCUCGCCACGCGGAUUAUCGAGAUGGGCCCGGUCGGCGCGAGAUUCUUAGGACCCGUUUUAAUCGACAUACCGCAUUUCGCGUCGGUUCACGGAAAGGAACGUGAAAUCAUCAUCCUGAGAAGCGAGAACGGAGAAACGUGGAAGGAGCACGACAAUUCCGUGGACAACGAUGACACUCUCCUCAACACGCCUCACGAUCCUCAGAUGAGCGCCAUGCAUUCCGGACGAAUCACUCGCAUAAUCACCACGGACUUUCCGCAGUACUUCGCCAUUGUGACUAGAAUCAAGCAGGAGGUUCACGUUAUCGGCGCCGAGGGUGGCAUUCUGAUUUCGAGCGUGGCGAACCACGUGCAGGCCGUGUUUCCCGCCGGCGCGCUAACGAAGAAGAUCAAAGUCGGCCUGCAGGCGCACGUUAUUCCCGCUGAGCUCACCGCCAAGCUGCUCGGUAACUGCGUCGCGGUGUCGCCGAUAAUAACGAUCGAACCGAGAAGACGGAAGUUUCACAAACCGAUAACCCUGACGAUUCCCGUGCCGCAAGCCGCGAACAAGGGGAUGAUCAAUCAAUACGGCGGAGAAACACCUACGUUACGCCUGUUGUGCAGCAUCGCGGGCGGAACCAACGAAUCGCAGUGGGAAGACGUCACCGGUUCGACGCCGUUGACAUUUAUGAACGAUCGCGUGUCGUUCACCACCACCGUGUCAGCGAGAUUCUGGCUGAUGGAUUGCAGGAACAUCAGCGCGGUACCGAAAAUGGCGACGGAAUUGUACGAGGAAUCCUUACAUGUGCCAUAUAUAACGAACUUUAUAAUUUACUCCAAGAGAAUGGACGUAUUAGAGGCCACGUUGAGAAUAUUGUGCAUGACCGACGGCAAGGAGGGCAUGCACACCUUGGAAAAGCAAGAGGAGUUCACGGAAAUCGUGAAGAGUCGCGAUGUUGAGGCACUCGAUGGAAAGGAUCUUUAUAUCGAAUUCAGUGGAAAUUUGGUACCGGUAACGAAAUCCGGAGUACAAUUGAAGUUCACGUUCAAGGCUUUUCGCCAGAAUCGACUGUCGUUUCACGUUAAAGUGAAGGAUCCGUUGCUAGAUCCGGUCGCGAGGAUGUUGUUCAUGCGGGAACCGAAAAUCGCAAAGGGAGAACCGCCUCAGCAGCCUAUUUGCGUGCUGAACAUUGUACUUCCCGAGGCUAUUAUGAAGAAAGAAGUACAGAAGAAGUUAAAAGGUUACGAAGACUCCAAUAUCAUAAAUCAAAAGCUAGAUUAUUACAAAUCAAAGUACAAAAUGGAAGAAAGAACGGAGAAAACCGACAAGCCCAAAGAGACCGCUUCGCCGACGGAAAAGAAAUUUAUAACUGACACGUUACAGAAGGAACAAACAGAUGCCGCUACUAUCCACGAAUCCCUUGCACAAAAAGCGGUUUGUCCCCUAGAAUCCGUAGAUGCUAGUUAUCCCACUAAAGUAGGCGCCGACCAGCAACCAGAAGAUCUGUCGCCCGAGCUCGAGAAAACUUACUCGGAGAAGCGCAAGUUCUGGGAGGAUAUCUCGCGGAAGCGCGAGAGCUAUCAGCGUUCCGAGUCCGAGGUCUCGCGCGCCUCGCAGUUGACCAUCAACGAGAGCGACAGCGAGUCGUGUUUGCCGAACAUCGUGUCCGAGGAAGGCGAUGGUACUACGGAAGGGAUGUCGGAGGUGAUGCGAUCGGAGACAAUUGAGGACAUCAACGUGCCGGACAUCUCGGAGUGCUCGGUGGCGGAAAAGGCGCACUACUUUGAGGAGCAAAUACAGAAGGAGAUGGCGAAGACGAGCACGACGCCCCGGCCGCAGGAGCCGAUCAAGUCCGAGAAGGACAAGUCGCUUUUCAAAUCAAUCGACGAUCAGAAAAUAAGGGAGAGCGAGGACAAGAGCGCGACGGAAAUGACGAAAGAGACAAUCGAUAUCGAAGAGAAGCACAUAGCGGAGUCGAGGGAGAUAGAAAAGACCUUGAAGGCUUCCAUGCUGGACGACAAAUGGACGAAAGAAAUGCGGAAAGAACCGAAAGAUAAGGAAGAUAAGAAAGACACGGAUGAGGAUAGAAUUGUGCGCGAGGAAGUUCAGAAGAUAAUAGCUCAGCCGGUGAUGGAAGUUUGCAAAGAGCUGUUGAACAAGGAGAGAGAACUCGCUGAGGGAACGCAGAUGAUACACGAGACAGCGGAAGAGAUACAAAGAGAAAUGAAGGAAGAACUGAAAGAAGUAACGCAAACGAUACCGCAAGUAGAAACCACCGUAGUCACAAAAGAGAUCGUUACGCAGGAGAAGCCGGUAGUGUCGACGGGAGUCCUUGAAGAAAUCGCGAAGGAAUCAAGACCGGAAGAACUGAAAGAAGCAACGCAAACGAUACCGCAAGUAGAAACCACCGUAGUCACAAAAGAGAUCUUUACGCAGGAGAAGCCAGUAGUGUCGACGGGAGUCCUUGAAGAAAUCGCGAAAGAGCCAAGACCGGAAGAACUGAAAGAAGCAACGCAAACGAUACCGCAAGUAGAAACCACCGUAGUCACAAAAGAGAUCGUUACGCAGGAGAAGCCAGUAAUGUCGAUGGGAGUCCUUGAAGAAAUCGCGAAGAAGCCGAGACCGGAGUCUCCGCUGAGCAAGGAGAUCGUUAAAGAAAAGACAUCUGGAAGAAAAAUAAUAACAGAAGAGACAACGAUCAUCUACAAAGUGCAGAAAGACGGCACUCUGGUGCAGGAGCAAGUUCUCAAGUCUGUGCAGAUCGAGGGUGCGAACGGAGAAUCGAUCAAGCAGAUUCCGGAGAUCAGCAUGGAAACGAAGAUAAUCGACAAGGGUUUAUCAGAUACCGUGUAUGAAGUGCAAACGACAGGCGACGUUGAGAAAUUACGAACGGACAUCAAGACCGAGUCGGUUCCUCUGGAUGUGAAAAAAACAAUCGAGCAGUUCCUCGAAGGGGAAAAGCGAGUCGUUGAAGAAGAGACGGAAGAAGAAAAAAUCGAGAAAGAAGAGAGCAGAGAGAGGAAGGAAGAAGCAGUUACCAAACAAGCGACUGACAUUAGCUUGCCGGACAAGAAGCCCGUUGUUAUCACAGAAGUCAAACAAGUAAAAAAGGAAUUCGAGUCUCGCAUUCCGAUUUCCGCAGCGAUGGCCGAGAAAGAUAAAAAUCAAAAGGAAGUGAAAACGCGAACGUCACCGGAAAAACCCGACGAGAGGUCCGUGAAAAGUCCGAUAUCGGAGAAGGACGUCGCGUCACCGUCCGCUAAGAAGAAAGAAUUCGAAUCUCGCAUACCUAAACGCAUUGCCGAGGGAUCGACGUUGAAGGACGCGAAAAAGGAUCUACCAGGACGAAAGGACGGCGAGACCAUCACGGUCACCGAGAAGAAAUCCAGCGAAGAGGUCACUUCGAGGCAUGAAGAACGUUCUACCACGAAGAGUACAAUGCAGACCUUCUCCAAGACAUUCACCGACGCACAGGACGCGUUCAAGAUGUUUGAAGACAUGAGCGCGAUGAAGGACAAGGAUUUCGCCACGGUCACCUCGAAGGUUGACACUAAGGCUUCCAGCAAGAUUGAGAAGAAAGAAGUAGUUUCGUCGGAGAUAUCCAGCGGCGCGGAUAAGAUAAUAACUCACGAGGAGAAGGAGAAAGUGGAAAGGAAGAAAUCGUCGGAGUCCAAGAUAACGAAGGAGUCACCGGCCGAGACGAUGGAAGAAAAAACGAGCAAGAGCGAAGAGAUGGAUAAGACCGCGGUGCAGAAGUUGUCGAUGAACGUGACAGAAGGCAGGGAAGUGAUAGACGCCAGCGCUUCCGAGUCCAGAGCGGAGAGUAAGAAGGAGGAGUCGUUCAAGCUCCUGGAGGACAAGGAGGGAAUUGCAACGGAGAAAUCCGGAACUAGCAGAAUCAGAGAGAGCGACGUGGACGUGGCGAUUAGAAUCAAGAAAGACGAAACGAAGGAAGUGGAAGACACCAAGGAGUCUCCUGAAGCGGCUAAAACCAAAGAAACGGAUCUGGGGAAGGUUGAGAUGAUCGCGCAAGGACAGUCUUACAAAGAGAGUUCAGACAGUUUCAAAGUCAAGGAAUUCGUGCCUAGCCAGAAGGCGCGAGAAGAAACAGAUUUAACUAAGAAGAAAACUGAAGAAGACAAGCCUUCUACUGAAACAGCUCAGGAAACUCUGGAAGAAAGAAAACGGUCGAUUGCCAAAGAAAUCGAAGCGCGACACAUAGCGGAGGAUCUCAUACAGUCGAUUGAAAGCGAGAUCGAAAAGAGAUCGUCGGAAAUGAAGCCCCAAAUGUUGAGUAAAGAAUAUUUCGAUCAAUUAAUCUCCGAGAGCAGCGACACCGAUCACGAAAAGCUGGCGGACGACUUGACGAAGAAGUUCGAGAGCAUCAUGAAGAAGUCUCAAGACGAGAGUAUUGUCGGUCAUCAAGAAGCAACGCUGUCAAAGACGUCCACACAAGAAGAAAUGUUUGGGAAAGGAUACGUAAGGGAUAGUAUAAGCAUCAGCGAGGACAUAACGAAAGACGAGGAAUCGUCACUUCAGGAUCGAGAGGAAAGCCUGCCGUUGUCGUCCGCCAAACUCCAGGACAGGGACAUCACUAUGAGUCCUAGCAGUAUAUCCGAGCAGAUCGAGCUCGAAGAAACGAUCGACGUCGAUACCGAGGAGCUCGAGGAUAUAUCGAAGCCCACGUCCAGUCCGCAUUCGGAGAAACUUCGUUCGGACAGAUCGAGCGGCCAAAUCGAGCCGCUUCAAAGGGACAGCGAUGUUAGUUUCUCGAAGGACAAGGUGGUUUCAGAAAUCUCGGGCGCCAGAGUGCUGGAGAUCCUGGAACCGAGCGCGGACAGUCGGCAGGACUCGGUCGACGUGCCGUCGUUGGAGUUGGACGAGCAUAAGAUUUCCGAGCCGACCAGCAAAAACAUCACGUCCUUGCAUGAGAGCACGGCUAUGGAUUCUCUGGAGAAAAUCACUCAGGAGAAGGACGUAACAAUAUCGGAAGACAUCAACGUAGAUUAUCCUCCGGCUUUCGAGCUCGGCAAAGUGGGUGAGAGACGAAGAGCGGACAGUUUCGAGAUCGAGAGCCCGCCACUGGUGUCGCCGAGGACGAGGCACUUGCACGAAUUGGAAAUCAAGCCGGCUGUCGGCUGGAUGAUCGGCGACGAGAAAAUCAGGAUAACAGAGACGGUGCAACCUUACCAGGCGUUUGAUCAGGAACUAGAGCAGCUGAUAGGUACUCAAGAGGAAGGAGAGAGGGAAGAGGAGGGAGAAAAGGAAGAGGAGGAGAUGGAAUCAACGCAACGCGUUCGCACUUCUCCCCAGGACGAAUCCGUGGACUUGGAACAGGAAUCGGCAACUAAAUCUUCAGAAGAGAUCAGCGUGAUCGAAUCGAUCAAAGAAUCCGACGUGACUAAGCCCACGACUAAGUUCACGGUGAUACCAGUGAGCGAGUCGGAAACCGAGCAGGAUUUCGAAAGCGAGCUGAUAGAAAACAAACUGGACGUAACUUGCCAGGAAUUGGUCGACACGCUGCAACGGGAAUACGAAGCCAAGACGCCGACGGACGAAUACGCCGGUAUACAUCAGUCAAUACCGUGCGAGAGCUUCGAUUUAGAAAGUAGUAUUAUCGAAGCCGUGACAGAAGACAUUCCCGUGGAGGAGACUAAAGACUUAACUGAAGACGUUACUACUGAAAUAAUCGUAGAAAGUAAACCCUGUAUUGAGGUGACCGAUAAAGAAACCGAUAAAGAAUCGUUGCAACAAGAAGACGUCUCCACGACACAAACGGAGACUGUCGAAUCGACUGUUGUGAGUGAAAUAUCCACAAGAAAGGAGGAAGAAAAAGAAGAAACUUCCAUCGAACAUAUCACAAAAGAAGAAACACAAGAGCCUGUAGAAAAAUCGACAGAGAAAGUAAAAACAGAAGAGUCGGAAGUGCCAACAAAGUGUCCGAGAGUUGACGACGUGCUAAAGGAAUGGGCGGAGACUUAUCUGUCGAAGAUCAAACCACCCAGUGAGGAGUACAAGCGACAUAUGGAGAAGACCACCGAGAAGGUCAGCAAAUCUACAGCACCCUCUUCCGACACAUGUGCCUUGAAGAUAAAAAAAGACGAUUUGCAGAACGUUGAUCUGAGCGCGCGAUACGCGAUCACGGUGCUCGAUCAGGUGGUAAAAAAGGAAAUCGCCGAGGUGAAGGAGUCUCUGGAGGCGGCCCAGCAGGAUUUGAUAGAAGAACUGAGCGAGAACAGCCAAACGGUGUUUCAAAUAAAAGACUCGCCCUCGGAGUUCCAGUUCAAGCUCCAGCCAGAAUCUAUUCCAAACGAUUUGCCAUUUUUAUACAAACCACCGUCCACCGAGCACGUUUCUAUGGAGACGGAACAGGAAACCAGGACCGAGACCGAAGCUGCGAUAGAAUCACCGGUUGCAAAAGUCGAGGAACCUGAAAAAGUGGAAGAAACAAAAGACGACACCGCAGACGACAAGUCGAUCGAGGCACCUGUUAUUGUCGAGGAUACAUCAGAAAUUGAGAUUACAAUGCCCGAAAUCGAUACCGAGAAGUACCAAUCGGAAGAGACUGUGAUAGCUGUUCAUGAAGAACAAAUUGAAGAUGAGGAAGAAGGUCGUCCCAGUCCGCUUCCUAUUAGUAGAUCGUCGGACAUCGGAUCGGACCUCGACUACAGGGACGACAGCUAUUCCUCAUUGGCGCCACCUCAACCAGCGCCAAGAAGACGACAGAAGCCCGCCCGAGUGUCGAAACGAGCGAAGACUUCGGACAGCGAGGCUGAUCUCGCCUCGAGUUCUGGGGAGAGCAGCAACUAUCAUUCGUGCGACUACGAGGGCGGCAGUGGCAGCAGGCCUAGUUCGUCCGACAUCGAGGCGAUGCAUUCCGCCGUGGGUGGCAUACAGUCCGGGACGGCUUCGGAGUACGAAACGGCAGCGAUGUCGAUGGAGCACGAAGGAGGUUCGAAAACAUUGCCGACUUCUCAAGAGUAUCAGACCGCGGCGAGCACACUGAGCUCCCGCGAGUCUCUCAAGUCUCUCAGCUCAGGCCACCUCGGCAGCAUCGACAGCACGAGCGAGUUGUCGGAAACGCUGGUGCCGUCUGAGGAAGCGGACCAGGAGCAGGACGAAAUAGACGAGAUAGAUGACAACCUGGAAAGCGCCCUGGACGCGGAUCAAGGAAUAGUCGAGGCGUCGGAUUCAUCUGGUAGUGAGGAGAUACCAAUGGACGAGACCUUGGACAAGUCCAUGGACAAGAUCGACAGUCACAUACCGUGUCGCAUGAAACGUUCGUCCGAAAUGAUCUUCCAGCAGGUCUUGGACGACAGCGUAAGUCUCGAAGAAACGAUGGACGAUGUUUUGGAGGACAAUCAGGCCAAAGUGGACUCGGGAGAUGGCGUCUUUGUGGACGCGCCCGGGGCAGCUCAGUUGAAAAUGUCAGAGGAUGAAGUUCCGAGUGUGUGCACGCAGGUCUCCACGCGAGUCACCAGGCCCAGCGACAGCGAGGAGCUCGAGGAGGAAGAAGCGGAGGAUGUGGCAGCGGAUAAGGACGUCGGCGCAAUGGAAACAGAUUUGGAACAAAGAUUGGAUCCGGAGUCCGCCGGGGACGAAGGUCUGGAACCGACGAUGCAGGCUACAUCCGUCCACUCGAUGCUGCAACAGGCCAGCAUGUCGCUGUCCUCGGCAUCGGGCAUGUCCUUCGACACGGUUAUCGAAAAGGAUAUGGAGAGAGACAAGUCCGAACGUCACUCCGACAGCGAUUCGUUCGAGCUCGUAGACAAGCCUGAUAUCAUCGACGACUUUGUGGUAAUCGAGGAGGUCGGACGCGAAGCAGAGGAAUUCGACUCCGAGGGCAAGAGCAUUCGCAUCAGUUCGGCUCCUCAGGUCACCAGCAAGCAGUACGAUCGCGAUUUGGAAAAUCUAAUCGCGGAAACUAAGGAAGACUCGCAGACAGCGUCGACGAGUCAGACGUCGCGAAACAACGAUCUGUUCGACUUCGAGUCGGAAGAGAGCCCGCCGCAAGCGUCCAAUGAUGAUCAAUAUUCGCAGUCUUAUUCGGACGAGGAACAAUACGAGGGCAAGAAGUGGAUCGAGAUGCAGUUUCACGCGGACGCGCGGGUCUACGACACUCUCGAGUACGAUCGCGGACCGCUGGAAGACAUCAAAGAGGAGGAGAUCACGGACUUCGAGGCCGGUAGCAGCCGGAUCGGUAGUCUGGGCAGCCACAAGGAGUCGAUCGGCAGCGUGGGGAGUAUGCGCGGCAGUUUCGGCAGCACGCCCGACUACGACGUGCUGGGGAAGAAGUACUUCACCAAGCCCACGGAUCACGACAAUGUGUCGCUGACCUCGCUUCAGGAGUUCGAACAUCUGGAGAGCGCCGUAGCGGCCGAAAACUCGCGCAAGCUGCAGCAAUGCGGCUCGCAGGAUUCCAUCAACAACGGGAGUUUGCCAAAGAGGUACGUGACCAGUCGCUCGGGUCAUGGCGACGAUGUCUCGCUGUCCUCGCUGAAAGACUUCGAAGGUUUGGAACGAGCCUGUCGAGAAGCGCAUCUUAUGGAGGUGCGCGCACGCGAAGAAGAAGAAUUGCUGGAACACGAGAGCCCGGAGAACAGAUACAAGAUGGAAAAUCUGCCGCGUUCCCGAAACAUCAGCGCGGCCGGUUCGGUCAAUCCCAGCACAUCCGGAUCGGACGAUUACGAGAAGAGGAUAAAGGAGAUCGACGAGAUAAUACGCAUCGCGCAAUCCAACGUAGAGAAAUUCGAUCGGCAGGACGACACCACGGAGGACAUCUCGCAGAUCGAGAUCACCGACGCCGAGCGGGCCGUCGCUCAGCCACUUCCGGAGACGCAACCGGAAGAGAGCGAGGAACCGGACGAAGCUCAAGUCCAGGCGCAGAAGGAGACCAACAUCAUGGAGACCAGCACAGACUCGCUGGAGCUGGAGGAUAACGCGGACAAGAAACACCACCCGCUGUGUCGGAGUUCCGACUCCCUCGAGAUGAAGACCACCCUGGACUUUCCGUCCCUGAGCUCGGAUUCGUUGAACAACAUGAGAGACACGAAGGAAACACCUCUGGACGCCGCCGAACAAUUCGGCGGCAGCGCGAGACGCAUCUCCUCGGAUUCUCUCGAGCUGCCUUUGAUGGAACAGCAGGACGUCGGGACGUCCGAGAGGAGCAGCGACAGCAACGGUCGUCACGCGGAAGAAGAGGCCGACAGCACCGUCGGACGAAGACCCUCGACAGAAAGCGACGCGAGGAAUGGCAAGACGAAAACGCCAACAACUAGCAGUACAUAGGAUAAUUUUCAUAGAUAGCGGAUUUACGAAAAGGGCUUGUCACGACUUCAUAUGUUAUAUCGAAUAAAACUUGAAAGAAAAGAAGCUUUUACAUGUAAAACACGAUAUUAAAAAUAUUAAAAGAAUGUACUUAAGAACUUGUGCAUUGUGUGCAUGUACAUGACGACUAUUAACACUUCGUCCUUUGUUUUUCAAACGCGAUGGGACAAGGAGAGCAUUUGUAUUUACACUUGUGUAAUUAAGACAGUUGCCAUCUUCGAUAAUAUAAUAAUUGUUGCGCGAGAUGUUUGAAAGCGAGGAUGUUUGCUUGUUCGUCAUUUAUUACAUUUUCGACAAAAAAGAAAAAACGUGUUUGUUGUAAACGACAAAUUCUCGCUGCGCUUGUUUGCGAAGAAGAUGCAAAUUUAAUUGUUUUCUCUUUUUUUGGAAUCUUAUUAUACGUGUUUUUCGAAAAACGUACUAUAUAUAUAUAUAUUAUUAUUAUUAUUACAUUACUUCAAAGCGCGCUGCUUACAGCAUGUAGUGCACGCUCUACUUGUAUUAUAAAUUACGCAUUGUACCGACAUUGUACUAUUACAACGUGUUUUAUAAACGUUUUUUGAUUGAGACGAGGAGGUGACGUUUCUUGUCGUCUCUUUGUGGAUGCGCUUUCGUAAAAAAAAAAAAAAAAAAUUUUUAUAUGUACCUUGUAACCGCGUGCAAUGAUUUCAAGUGACAUUUAUGCGAAGAAGAAAAAGAACAAUUCCAACGAUAAUAUGCUACCUGUAGCGCAUGUUCGCUAGAAGGAACACGGGACACGUAUAUAUGAUAUUUGAACAGAGAAGAUUUUAUAUAUGCGAAAAAUAUAUAUUACGUAUAGAAGACGUAUUCACAUUCCGAGGAAGACACACGGCGGAAGUAUAUAUAUAAAUAUAUAUACAUACACAUGUUUGAAUAAUUUACGAUUGUUUCACAUACAUAACUUUUAUUAUAUCUGUUUUCUUUUUUAUCCCAGAUACAGGAUUGUACGAGUUUAUCGAUUACGUUUAUACACACACACACACACACACACGUGCACUGUAUAUUAUUAUACAAGUUACAACAGUGUCAUUCUCUCUCAACGAGUUUGUUUCUUCAACGAUGAAAAUAUACAACUGUGCAUUAU